AUUUUGAAAAACUUUGGAAGGUCAUAACUUUUUUUCUAUCGAAGAUAUAAAGCUGAAAUUUUCAGCGAUUCUUAUUCCAGUAGAGGACUACAAUCCCUGAAAAUUUCAACUCAUUUGGACAAAUAGUUCCUGAGAUAAAAUCGUGUUAAGCAAUUUGGGGUGAUUUAUCAAUUUUUCAAUUUUUCUGAGUGCCUUUUUUCAUAGAUUUCGGCUUCAAAUCUGAGAAUAAUUUAGUAUAUGGAGUUUGGGGGAUCCCAAAUGACCAUUAGGACACAAAAUCUCAACAAAAAAAAAAUUGAAAUUUCAUGCAUUUAGUAAGAAGGUACCUAUCUUAUGAUUUAAAUUUUGAAAAACUUUGGAAGGUCAUAACUUUUUUUCUAUUAAAGAUAUAAAGCUGAAAUUUCCAGCGAUUCUUAUUCCAGUAGAGGACUACGAUUCCUGAAAAUUUCAACUCAUUUGGACUUAUAGUUCCUGAGAUAAAAUUGUGUUAAGCAAUUUGGGGUGAUUUAUCAAUUUUUCAAUUUUUCUGAGUGCCUUUUUUCAUAGAUUUUGGCUUCAAAUCUGAGAAUAAUUCAUUAUAUGGAGUUUGGGAGAUCCCAAAUGACCAUUAGGACACAAAAUCUCAACAAAAAAAAAAUUGAAAUUUCAUGCAUUUAGUAAGAAGGUGCCUACCUUAUGAUUUAGAUUUUGAAAAACUUUGGAAGGUCAUAACUUUUUUCCUAUUAAAGAUAUAAAGCUGAAAUUUCCAGCGAUUCUUAUUCCAGUAGAGGACUACGAUUCCUGAAAAUUUCAACUCAUUUGGACAAAUAGUUCCUGAGAUAAAAUCGUGUUAAGCAAUUUGGGGUGAUUUAUCAAUUUUUCAAUUUUUCUGAGUGCCUUUUUUUCAUAGAUUUCGGCUUCAAAUCUGAGAAUAAUUUAGUAUAUGGAGUUUGGGGGACCCAAAUGACCAUUAGGACACAAAAUUUCAACAACAAAAAAAUUGAAAUUUCAUCCAUUUAGUAAGAAGGGCCUUAUGAUUUUGGAAAACUUUGAACGGUCAUAACUUUUUCUCUAUUGAAGAUAGAAAGCUGAAAUUUUCAGCGAUUCUUCUCCCAUUAGAGGACUACAAUCUCUGAAACUUUCAGCUCAUUUCGGCUCAUAUUUCCAGAAAUAAAAUCGCGAUAAGCAAGUUGGGAUAAAUUUAUCAAUUGUCUGAGUGCCUUUUUCACUGAUUAAUUCAAAAACUGUUAAUUGUUAGGAUUUCUCCAAGGAAUUAUGGAGAAUAAUUUAGAAAAUCCAACGAAGUCAGAAUCAAUUUCCUCAAAACAAAACCAAAACUGAGAUUUUUUCUCGUGUUUAAAUUGAUCAUUUGGAAAUGAUGUUGAAGUUGCCUUUGGGCAUUUUUAACCAACUGAUGAAGUUAAAAUUGAGAAAAAUCAAAAUAAAAAUCAACACAAAAUUACCUGUAUAUUGAAUUCAGUGACAGCUCGUCCCUUGUAAGUAAACUUGGCCAAACUAACUUGCUGUUCCAAAUCGAAUUUGGUCCUUUGCCAAGCAUAAGUACCACAUCUUGUAGUCAAACGUUGUUGCAAUCGAGGAAAAGCCAAAUUUCCGGCCUUGUCUCGUCUCCUAACCAGUUCCUGCAAGUGUCUUUUGAUAGCUUCCGGAUUCUCUUUGCCUCUAACCGAUAAAAGAACCGAUAUGAUGCCUUGAUUUCUGUGAGUGUCCAACAAAGUCCUUAUUGUUGAGUAAUUGAUGAAUUCGACAUCAGGAUGGAGGAGCGAUAUGCAGCUUAUCCAUAUGGAUUGGAGAAGCUUUAGGCCUGAAAUUAUUAUCACUACUAGAAGGAGUUUGGUUGCAGGAUUAUUACUUACCAAAGAAACUUAGUACCAACACUGGUAUGCAAACUAGAGUUAAAUUAAACAAGGAUAAAGUCACAAAAAAGUCCAACAUUUUUUCACUACUAAUAAAACUUAAUAUUAACGAUCAUUGUCUUCAAGAAUGACUGCCUAAUAAAAUAUUUUCAAUAAUAACAAAAACUUCGAUUGCAAUUGGGCAGCUACCAGCCUACAGCUUAUUUGUGGAUGUCUUAUCAAUGCGACCUAUGAUCCCGGUAUUGUAAACAAUGCAUUUAGGUUUUUAGAGGGACAUCAUCAUCAAUGAUGAAUGUUGAUUGAUAACGAGCGUGUACUUUGAGAUUUUGGUACCAAAAAAAAAAUUCGAAAUCUGAAAGACUAUGUGCGACAUCUAGGGAAUUUCGUUUAAAUGUGGAACACAUGGUACUGCCAUAAGUUGGACAAUCUUUAUAAGAGAUGGCGUUGCUGUUACAAGUGGUACUAAUAAAAAAAGUACAAGAAAGCUUACAAACUAGUUUUGCGGUUGUUUUCUUUUUUUAGGUUUAUAAAUAUGGAAUUGUUGCCCUGUAUUAUUUAUUUAUAACAGGUACCACAGGCUUGAAUGCUAAAAGCAAUAUUUGCAAAGCUUAUUUGAUAAACAUCAGUUUCGUUUUACAAUACGAAUUUCUGUGGCAAAAUACUUUUAUCAACAAAAUUAUUGCGAAAAAAAAUAGAUAGUAUAUACCGCAAUAGAAAACCAAUAGUACCGAUGUGCGCUUUAUUGCAUAUUCCCAUUUCGCGUUCGCGCAUUAUACCGAACUAUGCAAAAUAUUGGCAGUCGUUACUCCGUACCACUGUGGAGAAGCCAGAUUCGUUUCAGGCAAACUUGGACGCGGACUGAAUUUAUACCUACGUCGAUUAUAAAUUAAAUUUUAUCAGACGAGCUUUUGCUAAAUCAUCUUGAAGUCAUUAUAAAUUAUUUAAGUAACUAUAAAGAUCUUGUCUACCAAAUAAUGCACUUACCUGUCCGCUACAUCUAAAAAACAAAAACGUGGACAUAACAAAAUAAUUCAAUCCGCCCACUUAAUCCAGUCCGUAUGAAAAGGUACAAGGCAAACCAAAUCAUUCCCUCAUCGCCCAAUAUUGGUUACAGCCGUGAUCCCAGAUUAAGUCUACAAGGUUGGUCGAAACGUUGGUUGAACAUAUACAACGAUUUCUCUUAAGAACAAUAAUAAUGGAAAUUGACAAUAUUAAUAAUAAAGAAGUCGUAAACGAUGAAAUCAGCGACAAGCCUAAUAUCCCUGACGGUGGUUGGGGUUGGGUUGUGGUAUUUGCAACGUUUGUUCUUUGCAUGAUCGCUGAUGGUAUUACGUUUUCAUUUGGCCUGCUCUAUAUUGAGUUUUUGAAUGAAUUUGAGGCCUCAAAAAGUGCCACGUCAUGGAUAGGAGCUCUUUUCAUGGCAGUACCUUUGAUGACAGGACCAUUAAUGAGUGCCCUUGUAGACAAAUUCGGUUGUAGACCAAUGACGAUAGUUGGGGGUUUGAUAGCAGCCUUAGGAUUCGUGCUGAGCUCCCAGUGUUAUUCUUUGAGCUACAUGUAUGUGACUUUUGGAGUCAUUGCCGGAUUUGGUUUGGGAUUAAUCUACGUUACUGUUGUAGUAUCUGUAGCUUUUUGGUUUGAAAAGAAGAGGACUUUAGCUGUGGGUAUUGGUUCUUCUGGAAUAGGUAUAGGUACUUUUGUAUUUUCGCCGUUCAGUACCUAUUUGAUAGAAGAAUUGGGGUGGAGAGGUACUACGCUUAUUUUAGCUGGAGUGUUUUUGAAUAUGUGCAUUUGUGGAGCUUUGAUGCGGGACCCGGAUUGGAUAAUUGAACAAAACAAAAAAGAAGCAAAAUUAUCUAAAAAUCCUAUUGAAAUAGCUUCCAAGGAAAAUGGUAAUCAAGUGGUCGUAUCAACUCGGAUCAAAGAAUCUCGCCAGCCUUUGAUGGCUAGACAAGAUUCUUGUCCGGGAACCAGACGUCCCUCUAUUCGUAAGGCACCUAUAAAACAUUUACAUCAUGCUUCUAUGUUGUCUUUGUCGAAAUUAGAUGAUAAAAAGAAAUGGUAUGCUAGUAUAAAAGAACUAGGAAAAGACAUGUUCGACUUUUCCUUGUUUUCCGAAUUGCAUUUUUUCCUGCUGUCUCUAUCAACGGUACUAUUGUUCACUUGGUUUAUAGUACCAUACUUUUAUUUAGCCGAUCUUAUGACACUGAGUGGGUAUACUACGGAACAAGCUGCAUUCACUAUUUCGAAUAUUGGUAUAUCGAACACUAUAGGAAUGAUUGUUCUUGGUUGGGCCGGUGACAAACCCUGGAUGAACAUCACGAUAACCUACGGAAUCUUUCUGGUGCUGUGCGGCCUUAGCAUUAUGGGCCAAAUGUGGUUCAUUGGCAACUACAUAAUGCUACAAAUAAGUGCGUCGUUAUUUGGAAUUUCGCUUUCGAGCCAUUUCGCUUUUACUCCAGGCAUCGUAAUGGAACUAGUACCUUUGGACAGGUUCACCAUAGCUUACGGACUGCAAUUGAUGUGCCAGGGAAUUGGUACGCUCGUAGGACCACCGUUUGCUGGUUUGUUGUUUGACUUGACUCAAAAUUGGGAACAAUCAUUUUACCAAUCAGGAUUAUGGAUGAUUUUGUCUGGGAUUUUCGUAGGUUGCAUUCCCUAUAUUAAAAACAAGAAAAUGUUUGGGAAAGGCCUGGUCGAAAAACCAAUAGAAGGACAAGAAAAUAAGAUUAUACCUUUAGUAUUAUUAAGUAUUUUGAUGAUUGUAUCGCUUGUUGCAGUAUUUUAUUUGCCAUUUAAUAGUUAUUUUUAGUUUUGUACUCAUACACAAAAUCUCAAACCACUGUUUCGAAUAAAACCCCCACAAACCGCUAUGUCUCUGACGUAAGGUUUAUCAGUGGCGCACUUUCGCUUUAGUCAAAAGUCGAUAAUUGAUGGUUUUUGAACAUUUUAUCAGACGCCGAUGGCGAUGGAAAAUUCCAUGCAUGAAUAUUUUUUAGAUGGAGCUUUUUAAUUGCCAAUAAUUGUUUAUUUGUAUGGCUUCUAUUAAGGUUUAUGGUUUCGAUUGGUACAAAUAAACACUGAUGAAUAAUAAUUGAAAUUUUAAUUGAUGCUUGAAUAAAUUUUCCAUAAUAUUUUUCAGAUGCAUU